GUCCUGGCGCGCCGCGCGGCCGGACGCUGCGGGCGGGGCGGGGAUGGAGGUGGUAGCGUCCGCUGCAACGGUUGGGGCUGCGCGUGAGAAGGUGGCAGUGUAGGCACCUGAGCUGCGGGGAGGCCGGCGGCGGCCGGGCCAUGGCGGGAGACCCUCUCCUCUGGGAUCCCUGAGGUGCGCUCCCUGAAGUCCCGGGGAGCCGUGUCCCAUGGGCUCGCUGAGCAGCCGAGUUCUGCGCCACCCUGGGCGAGCCCGAGCCCAGCAGGAGCCGGGGCCCGGGGCCGGGGGCUCGGCCCGAAGGCCCGAAACUGGAGGCGACGCGUCCGGUCACGGCUUCUUCUACUACCCGGUCAGCCGUAAGCGCAAGCAGAGCAGCGGGGCCUUCUACUAUCACCCCGACUCCGAGACAGACGACGAUGAGGACGAAGGGGACGAGCAGCAGCGGCUCCUCAACACCCCUCGGAGGAAAAAAUUAAAGAGUACAUCCAAAUAUAUUUACCAAACGUUAUUUUUGAAUGGUGAAAAUAGUGACAUUAAGAUUUGUGCUCUAGGAGAAGAGUGGAGCUUACACAAAAUAUAUUUAUGUCAAUCUGGCUACUUUUCUAGUAUGUUCAGUGGUUCUUGGAAAGAAUCAAACAUGAAUAUUAUUGAAUUGGAGAUUCCUGACCAGAAUAUUGAUAUAGAAGCACUGCAGGUUGCAUUUGGGUCAUUGUAUCGAGAUGAUGUCUUAAUAAAGCCCAGUCGAGUUAUUGCCAUUUUGGCAGCAGCUUGUAUGCUGCAAUUGGAUGGUUUAAUACAGCAGUGUGGUGAGACAAUGAAGGAAACAAUUAAUGUGAAAACUGUGUGUGGCUAUUACACAUCAGCAGGGACCUAUGGAUUAGAUUCCGUUAAGAAAAAGUGCCUUGAAUGGCUUUUAAAUAAUUUAAUGACUCACCAAAAUGUAGAACUUUUUAAAGAACUCAGUAUAAAUGUCAUGAAACAGCUCAUUGGUUCAUCUAACUUAUUUGUGAUGCAAGUGGAGAUGGAUGUAUACACAGCUCUUAAAAAGUGGAUGUUCCUUCAACUUGUGCCUUCGUGGAAUGGAUCUCUAAAACAACUUUUGACAGAAACAGAUGUCUGGUUUUCUAAGCGAAAAAAAGAUUUUGAAGGUAUGACCUUCCUUGAAACUGAGCAAGGAAAACCAUUUGUGUCAGUAUUCAGACAUUUAAGGUUACAAUAUAUUAUUAGUGAUCUGGCUUCUGCAAAAAUUAUUGAACAAGAUUCCCUAGUACCUUCAGAAUGGCUGUCUUGUGUGUAUAAACAACAGUGGCUUGCCAUGCUCCGUGCAGAACAAGACAGUGAAGUGGGGCCUCAAGAAAUCAAUAAAGAAGAGCUAGAGGGAAACAGCAUGAGAUGUGGUAGAAAGCUUACAAAAGAUGGUGAAUACUGCUGGCGGUGGACAGGUUUUAACUUCGGCUUUGACUUACUUGUGACAUACACCAAUCGAUACAUCAUUUUCAAACGCAAUACACUGAACCAGCCAUGUAGUGGAUCUGUCAGCCUGCAGCCUCGAAGGAGCAUAGCAUUUAGAUUACGUUUGGCUUCUUUUGACAGUAGUGGGAAAUUAAUAUGUAGUAGAACAACUGGCUAUCAAAUACUUACACUUGAAAAGGAUCAGGAGCAAGUGGUGAUGAACCUGGACAGCAGGCUUCUGAUCUUCCCUUUGUAUAUCUGCUGUAACUUCUUGUAUAUAUCAUCAGAAAAAAGAACUGAAAAUAAUCUUCUCCCAGAAAAUACAGAAAACUGAGGAUCUCAUCAGAUGGAAAUAAUAGCACUUUGAAAACUUACUAGGCCAGCUUUAAUUUAAUGGCCCUAUUGAUAUUCACACCUAAGGUGACUAACAAUGACAAAGGCCUUAUGAACUGUGCAGACAAUGCAGAAGAUUAUCCCUACCCUCAUUACAUUUCUAUGCAUAUAUGAAAAAGCAUUUUAAAACCAAGAAAACAUCUGUCAAACCAUUUAUGUUAUAAAGAUGUCAAGUCAUCAUUUAGCAUCAGUAGAAAAUUGCUGUAGGUAAAUUUCACAUUUCUCUGCAACAAAGUAAAGAUUUAGUUUUUAACUUAAACUCUUCUUGCCUAAUGUUGAUGAAUCUCAUUUAUACAUCCAUAAAUUUAUUUUUAUUGGCUAAAAGAAUGAUAAGGGAAUAAUUUGGCAAGCUAAAAAUACACUUUCAAAUGGUGCAUUAGAGCUCUCCUUUUUCAACUCUUCUUUAUGAUUCCUCCUUUUAGUGUAUUAUCUUUCCAAUAUGUUUUUAUUUGUUAAAUUUUUUCACCAUUUUUGGAGACUAAGUGGAGGAACAUUUUUUUAAAGUUAAGCAUUUUCAUGAUUUUUUUCCCUAGGAUUUUAACAAUAAAAAUCAGCUUCAGACCUUCAGAUAAACUUGAAUGAGGGAAAAAUCAGUUUGAUUCUUAGGAUAUUCCUUUGCCUUAUAUGGUCUUUUCUUUUACAUUCUGUAUAACUAUUAUUAGGUUAUGAGUUAUUUAUGUAACAGAUAUCACACUUUUUAAUGUUUUCAUAUUCUGUGAUCUUUAGAAUUAUUUAUGUUCAAGUUUUAGUUGGGAACCCUAUUUCCUACUUAAGCUCAGGACUUUAUAACCUCUGAAUUGAGUGCCUUUGAGUUAUACAUGCUAAUAGAAAUUUCAUAGUAAAUGUAAAUAAGGUCAGAGGAUCUAAUGUAGAAGCUGAUAAUAAAGCAUUAAUGUAAAAAUAGGA